AUGCAACCUUCUGUUCAAGCGUAUGCUAAACUUGAAGGUGAAACUGUUUGUUAUUAUGUUAAAGCGCUUCAAGUAACAAUUGGUCGGCGAACUAGCCCAACGGAUCAAAUUGACCUCCACCUUGGACCUAUCAAAUCAAUAUCAAGACAACAUGCACGUCUAUACUAUAAUUUCAACAUUCAACGUUUCGAAUUGUAUAUUUCAGGUAAAAAUGGAGCUUUUAUUAAUGAACAGUUUGUUGAACAAGGAGAUACUGUGGAAUUAGAAGACAGGACAAGAAUUCAAAUUGGAGAUGUUGACUUUACAUUCAUAUUACCAAGCAUUGAAAAUAAUAUCGGCGAUGAUUAUAGUAGUAAUAAUAUCAAUGAUGAUGAAGAUUUCAAUCCUGAUUAUCAAAAAAUAAACAAAUCAACACCAUUAAAGACGACCAGCAGCAUAGAUAUUUUAUCCUCUUUAGCAUCUGCCACGUUAAUAGCAUCACAACAAUCCCCCGCAUCAACGCCCACAAUUGCAACUUUAAAUAAUUUAAGAUAUGAUAACAACUACAACAAUGAUAUUGAAAUCGACAUCACUAACAUUCUUAAUGGCACUAAUAAUAACGAUUUAUUUACAAUUGCUACAAAAAAUGAAAUAUUUGACACUUCUCAAUAUCAAUCCAAAGACACAAAGCCACCAUUUUCAUACGCAUCUUUGAUCGCUCAAGCUAUCAAUUCUUCUCAGUCUAAAAAAUUAACGCUAAGUGGAAUCUAUACUUGGAUAACAGAAAAUUAUCCUUAUUAUCAAUCAGCAAAAAAUGGAUGGCAGAAUUCUAUUCGUCACAACUUGUCAUUAAAUACAUCUUUCAUUAAGAUCGCACGCGAUGAUCAUGAACCCGGAAAAGGUGCAUGGUGGGCAAUCGAUCCAAAUGGUGAUGGUCAAUUUUCAAAUGGAGUCUACAAGAAAAAUAGAAAGGCUUCUACCAUAAGAAAUCAAAGAAAUUCGACAUCACCUUAUUCUAUCGAUUCUAACGCCAUCAUCACCACUACCAAUCCCACUGGUAAUAAUAACAAUGAUAAUGAUAAAAACAGCAGCAAUAUCAAUAUCAAUAAUAACAAUAUCAAUAACAACAACAAUGCUUCUAUCACUUCCAUUACUACAAAGAAACUAAAACCUGAUAAAUUUAUUAUUUCAACCACUACGUCACCACCUAUUGAAUAUAAUCGUAAUGAUAAUCUAAAUCAUCACAACAAUCAUUAUCAUUAUCAAAAUAACCAUCAACAACGACAACAACAAAAAUUGGAUUAUAUUCUUCCGAUAACUCCGACAGAAAGUAAUAAUAGUUCAGACGAUAACACUAUUAUUACUAAUACUUUUGAUACCACUACAACCAUCACUACUAUUACUAAUAAUAACAGUGAUAGUAAUAAUAAUAUUGACUCAAAUAAAAGACCUGAUAAAGUAGAUAAUUAUAAUAAAAUGAUGACUACAACAACAACUAUUAACAACAUUAAUUCAUUAAAUGAUUUUGAAUUGGGGGAAAAAUUAAGCCCGGAAAAGUUAUCAGCAGCUGUUGAGCUUGUGCAUGAGCAAUUAACUCAAAUAACUUCUGCACCAAUCUCUCGUACUUUUGUUACUCAAGUUACAAAUCCCAAUGAUAAUAAAAGAUCCAGGUCAAAUUCUGAUGAUUUCGAUGAUGAUGACCAUGUUGAGCCAAACUUGAAAAUUAAUAAGGCUAAAAUAUAA